UUGGUCACAAACCUCCAUGAUGUACCCCUACUUUUCCAUAAAGACUCUUCUUCUCAUAGUAGUUGUUGCCUUGAAUCCAGCAGCCGCCACAGCACAGAGUCGCACGGAUACCAAUGGAGGAGAUAUCUAUCCCCCACUGUGGGACUUUGCUCCUGAAGACCUUCUGGAUUUCCCAGUUAAGGACAACAAAAUUGUCAUAAAUCCUUGGAACUAUCGAGAGAGACUGGGAGUGUAUAAGAGCUUGCUAAAGGCUUCAGCCAAAUAUUUUAUGGCAUUUGGAUCCCAAAAUUCUGGCAACAUUCUCUGGGGAUUACCAUUGCAGCAUGGGUGGCAAUUUCGUACAGGUAGAUUAGCAGAUCCUACCAAUGGGACUUCCUGUGGCCACAGAAACCUGUGUGUAUCUGUGAGAAGUUGGUGGUCCUGUAUGAAUUACUACCUGGCUAUCAUACCCUUUUUGGGUGCAGUGGAAGCUGGCCUCUUUGGAGAGUUGCAGUAUGAGGUAGAAAUGCUGCCACCAGGGGACCGAAGAGAGGAUUUCUGCUAUAGUGUUGGUGACUGCCAUUCUCGCAUCCCCAAGCUCAUGGAUGAGUGGAAGGCUUACUUUGAAUAUCUGCUGUCUACAGAGCAAAGAGCCACGAUCCCGGGAAAGUCCUCCUCCUUUGUGAUGGAUGAUGCUCUCCACCACAUGUGGAAGGCACAUGUUGCCUCCAUUGCUUAUGCACUGCCCAAAUUCCAGGACAGCUUAAAAUAUCUCGCUGAUCCAGAAGCAAAUUUUGGUGCAGACUGGGCUAAUGGUGUAGAUUUCAUUGCAGCCACACAUUUUUCUACAGAUUUGCAGACCACAAACAACUUCCAGGCUUUCCUGCCCCAGAGGAUGCUUGUUGAAAGCGAUGUCCUUCCAUUCAUCAGUGACUUCAGUUCACAGCAAAACAGAGUUCUGCUAUCACUGAGAGCUCUUAACAAAGCAAAUCGAUUAACAGGAGGACUGCUGCUGAAGCUCUGGCAAAAGGCAAUGUCUACUGAAGCAGCAAGAAAAAUUGGCCGAAAACUGAUUGAGGACUUGGCUUCCAGUCCGAGUUUUGACCAUUGGGAAUAUACAGUGAUUUGAAAGGAGCUGAUUUCACAGCACCCUCUUUCAUGAGAAAAAGCAGUUCCAACACUGAUUGAUUUAAUUUUUUAGCAGUUAUGUAUCUGGUAAACUGGUCUUGGUAAUUUCUUACAGCAGGAUUUCCUGAGUAGCCAUGUGGGCAUCUCUCUUAUAUUGAAUCAAUAUUUUUAUCCUUAAUUUUUUUUUUUUUUAAAUUAGCUCAUUUGUUUAACUCAUUUCCUUAUUAAUAAAAUGCCUCACAGAAAAUCUGAUUUUAUUACUUUUUUAGACUUCAUAAAUGAUGUAUCAUUAUUGGAGAUAAAAUUGAAGGCAACUUAUAUUCAGUUUCAGACUGCUUUCUUUCCCCUGUAUACAGUGAUCCCAGCAGAUGUGUACUCAGGUCCAUGAUGAUCUAACUGAUAAUCUUCCAAAACUUUUCUUUGAGUUGUGAUCCAAAGCCAGAGCUUUGACAGUUUCCUACUGAAGUUGCUGUUCCUACUGAGCAGCUGCAAUUAAAGUUUUUAGGCUUUUAAAAUUACAUACUUCAGUACAGAUGGAUUCCUUCUCUAAGAUGCUAUGCAACAGGUAAGUGCUGCACCUGAUGCUCAG